AUGUUAACAGAACUUAUUAUUGAAAUUUGUGAAUGUGAAAGAAGAACAGAAACUGUCAGAAAAUUACUUUCUUAAUUAUCAUAAUUUGAACCUUAUGCUGGUAAAUUGUUUUAUCAAAUUAGAGCAUUCAAAAGAAUGGACAAAAGUAGAUGUGGAGAAAUNUUCAAUUUUUGGUAGUUAUCCACCAAAUUGGAUGAUAAGAUCAAAUAUAGAAUUUAUUGAAAAAGCAACAGGAUAUAGAUGGAAAGAGAGACCUAAUGUUUAAGUAGAUUGGUCUGAAGAAGAAGUUCAUUAAGGAGAUUUUUUGGCUAUUACUAGAUUUGAUGGAUUAGAUUAAAUUAUAGAAUGGGGAACAGGUAGUAGAUCAGGACAUAGUGCAGUCAUUUUUGAAAUAGAUGGUGUUAAAUGGGUAGUAGAAUCAUAAGAUGCAUGGUAUUGGCCUAAAAAGAAUAUUUAAAAGAAUAGAUGGGAAGAUUGGAAAGUUUAUGCUAAAAAUGCAGGAUUUAAUGUAGCAAUAUUACCAUUAAGUCCAGAGAAGAGAGCUUAAUGGGAUUAAGAAGGUGCUCUUAAAUUUUGGAAUUUUAUGGAAGGAUAACCAUAUGGUUAUCAUAAUUUUAUAUUUGGAUGGAUAGAUACACCUAAAGAUAAUUAUCCAACUUUAUUAAGUGCUGAAUUAGCUACUUAUAUAUUUUCAUUCAUUGAAAAAUUUGCACCAAGUAUUUCAUCAAAAAUGGUUGGAGAAGGAUUAAAUAAGAGAUUAGGAACUGAAGGAUUGACAAUCCCAGAAAUCACAAUUGAAGCUGCUAAAAGAGGAAUAGAAAUUGUAUUACUAAUAUAUCUAAAUUAAGGCUGAUUUAUAUGCUAUGGUUGAAAAGGAUGAAUGGAUUUACAGUGAUGGACCAAGUUAAGUAUGUUCUUCAUUUGUUAUUGGAUUAUAUAAGGCAGCUGGUUUAUUUGGAUAAUAUCAUGUUGAAGCAACAGAGUAAUUAUAUUUUAUAUAUUUUAUAGAUUUACUCCAAAAGAUGUUUAUUAAUUAAACUUCUUUGAUAAAAAUUAUGUUGUUCCUGAUAAAUGUAAGAUUAAUGAUCCAGAUUUACCAUAUUGUUAAAUAAUGGGAACUCAUAGAAUGGAAUUAGAUGGAUACAAUACAAUUGAUCCAUAUGAACAUAUGAAUGAAAGAUGUCCAAGUUAAGCUCCUGAUUAUUACAGACCAAGUGACUGUUGA